GCAGUUUCUGAAGAAGAGGAGGUGGCUGUCCUGCGGCCGGCAGGAUGCUCAACGUCCCCUCUCAGGCUUUCCCUGCCCCAGGCUCCCAGCAGCGGGUGGCCGUGGGAGGGCGCAACAAGGUACCUUUGAAACCAGGCCGAAGUCUUAUGGACUGGAUUCGAUUAACUAAAAGUGGGAAAGAUCUAACUGGUCUAAAAGGAAGAUUAAUAGAGGUGACUGAAGAAGAGCUUGCCAAACAUAAUAAGAGGACUGACUGUUGGAUAUGCAUAAGAGGUCUCGUGUAUAAUAUCACACCGUAUAUGGAAUAUCACCCUGGUGGCGAAGAUGAGUUGAUGAAAGCAGCAGGAGCUGACGGCACAGAGCUAUUUGAUCAGGUUCAUCGCUGGGUUAAUUAUGAAUCAAUGCUGAAAGAGUGUAUGGUUGGAAGAAUGGCUCUCAAACCUUUUGCUGCUUUGAAAGAAUCUUGCCCCAUUGUAUCUGAAGAAAACAGAAUCUUAAAUGGUCUGUUUUCUAAAAAGAAAGUCCCAGAUAAUUAUUCCAAAGAAGUAGUUCCCAGUUAUGAUUGGUUCCAGACAGAUGGUUCCAUCACCGUGGUCAUAUACACUAAACAAAAGGAUAUGAACAGUGAAUUGGUGAUAGCUGAUCUUCAAGAACGUAAACUGAGAGGAGAGCUGAUUGUGAAAGACUACUCGUAUCUUUUACAUCUUGAACUGAGUUACGCAGUUCAUGAGGAUAUGAUAGUACAGGUCUCUGAAAAAGUGGGAAAGGUGGAAUUUGUCCUGAAGAAGAAAGAAAUUCUGUCUUGGGAAAAACUUGGACAGCCAUUGGAAAGUCAUAACUCCUUUGUCAAACACACAGAGAGAGGUCUGUAUUACAGAAAAUGCAGAUUGCUGUCAAAGACAAAUGUCAGUCAUGACACCCAACUCUUCUGUUUGGCAUUACCACUGGGAACUCAUCUCCUGGUCCCUGUUGGACACCACGUUUACCUCAGACAAACUAUUACAGGCACAGAGAUAGUGAAGCCAUAUACACCAGUGCCAUCUUUCUUGGUGUCUACAUUCAAAAACCCCUGUCAUGAUGAUCAGUUGCAUAUAUUUUUCAUAAUCAAAAUUUACCCAAGUGGACUAUUCACACCAGUGCUUGAUGCCCUACGAAUAGGGGAUUAUAUUUCUGUGAGUAAUCCUGAAGGUAACUUCAUGAAAUCGCAAAUGGAAGAUGUAGAGGAUCUGUUUUUAUUGGCAGGUGGCACAGGAUUCACCCCAAUGGUUAAGCUGCUCAGCUACGCUCUGACCAGUAGCAAGAGUCUCAGGGCAGUGAAAUUUAUGUUCUUCAACAAGACGGAAGAUGACAUACUUUGGAGAAAUCAGCUGGAGCAACUAGCCCUGAAUGAUGCAAGAUUUGAGGUUCAGUUUGUUCUCUCGGAGCCAAAGAAAGGCUGGAAAGGCAAAGAAGGAAAAAUUUCUUCCUCUCUUCUUUCCCAAUUUGUAAAAAGAAGUAAAUGUGAUUCUAAUGUGCUCAUAUGUAUCUGUGGUCCACCACCUUUCAUGGAGCAAGGAAUACAGUUUCUGCAAGAUCUUGGGUACUCCUCUAAAGAAAUACACUGUUUUACAGCUUAAAUAUGCAGCAUUAAGACCCUAGAUUUUGCACUUCAAAAACAUUGGUUUUUU